GCUUCAAACUUGAAAGUUUGAAAGACAGAAGAAACUAAGGCUUCACCUUCGCUGCUUUAAAUCCUUCUCUCCUCUGCCCCUGGAUGCAGGUGAUUCUUGAUUUCUCCUGAAGCUAUGGGCUCAAUGAACUCAAACAACUGGCUAUCCUUCCCUCUUUCCCCUACUCAGUCUUCCUUACCUCCACAACUCCAAGCCACUCAAUCCCAUCAGUUUUCUCUUGGCUUAGUCAAUGAUUCCAUGGAAAACCCUUUCCAAAACCACGAUUGGAAUCUGAUGAAUACACACGGAAGCAACGUUAAUGAAGUUCCAAAGGUUGCAGAUUUUCUAGGAGUGGGGAAGUCUGAGAAUCAGUCAGAUCUUGCAGCCUUUAAUGAAAUUCAGUCAAAUGAUUCGGGUUACCUAUUCACAAACAGCAGUCUGGUGCCGAUGCAAAGCUCAGUGGUGGCCACAUCUGGCAACUUCGAGUAUCAAGAAAACAAUGCUAACAAUAACCUGCAGUCUUUGACAUUAUCCAUGGGUAGUGGUAAGGAUUCUACCUGUGAAACCAGUGGCGACAAUAGUACUAAUACUGCCGUCGAAGCUGCUGCACCCAGAAGAACUUUAGAUACAUUCGGUCAGCGAACAUCAAUCUAUCGCGGUGUAACCAGACAUAGAUGGACUGGAAGGUAUGAAGCUCAUCUUUGGGACAAUAGUUGUAGAAGGGAAGGGCAAUCACGAAAGGGACGCCAAGUCUAUUUGGGUGGAUAUGACAAAGAAGAGAAAGCAGCUAGGGCCUACGAUUUAGCGGCACUAAAGUACUGGGGAACAUCCACAACUACCAACUUUCCAAUCAGUAACUACGAAAAGGAGCUGGAGGAGAUGAAGCACAUGACAAGACAAGAAUUUGUGGCCGCCAUACGAAGGAAGAGCAGUGGGUUCUCAAGGGGCGCAUCAAUGUAUCGCGGAGUCACAAGGCAUCAUCAACAUGGUAGAUGGCAGGCAAGGAUCGGUAGAGUUGCGGGAAACAAAGAUCUUUACUUGGGAACUUUCAGUACUGAGGAAGAAGCUGCAGAAGCAUACGACAUAGCGGCGAUCAAGUUCAGAGGACUAAACGCAGUGACAAACUUCGACAUGAGCCGUUACGACGUGAAAGCCAUACUUGAAAGCAACACGCUUCCAAUCGGAGGAGGAGCUGCGAAACGACUGAAGGAAGCUCAGGCUCUGGAAUGUUCCAGGAAGAGAGAGGAAAUGAUAGCGCUCGGAUCGAGCUUUCAGUACGGCAGCGGCAGCGGAAGCGGCAGUUCUAGCAGGCUACAACUACAAGCCUACCCACUGAUGCAGUUGGAUCAGACGCAACCAUUGUUAAGCCUGCAGAACCAGGAGAUAUCUCAGUACCCGUCACUUCAUCAUCCCAGUUAUAUCCAAACCCAGCUUCAGCUGCACCAUCAAACUGCUUCUUCUAACUAUAGCUUUCACCAGUCACCGAGUAAUAACGCUCAGUUGUACAAUAGCUAUCUUCAGAACCACCCGGCUCUGCUUCAGGGUUUGAUGAACAUGGGUUCUUGUUCUUCUUCUGUGAUGGACAAUGACGGAGGGUCUAGUGGGAGUUACAGUGGAGGAGGGUAUAUGGGGAUGGCUUCCAACACGACGUCGGGGGGAUCCGCGGAGGAGCUGGCGCUGGUGAAGGUUGAAAACUACAACAUGCCGUCCAGUGGUUACGGCGGCGGCUGGCCGUCGGAGUCCAUGCAGGGAUCCAAUGCUGCUCUCUUUACUAUGUGGAAUGAAUGAUCCGUGAGGAAGGAGGAUCGGAGGAGGAGGGGCCAACCUAACUACCAGACAGUUUUCUUCUUUUGUCUUCACUUUUUCUUUGUUUCUUAUCAUUCUCGCAACCAGAAAAAGUUAUGGAAAAUAGUUUGUUUUGGACGCAAUGACUGGGGAGGAAGCAAUGUUCUUCAUUCUGGUAUUGUAACAAGUUGUUGUCUUUCACUUGAUUUAGGUCUCUUGGUAGCGAAGAAGCACUGACUUACAUAUACGACGUGCAAUAUUGGCGAUCAGGGUUGGGUCGGUCUUGCAAUAUAUGGGCACGAACGGGUUGCCCAAAUUUUGUAUGCAGACGGCUCAC